AACGCGAUGCGCUCUUUAGUACAUACAUCGCGUCGUCUGAUUAUUUCUAGACCCAAGACACGAAGCUCUUUUCGGAUUUUAUAUUUUCGUGCGCGCUUUCUAUCGUCAUCAUCUGGUUGGAUUGACGAGUCUUUCGAUCUCCCCAUUGGAAACAAUGGAAGCAUAUCACUAAGUCUGACGCGACCCGUGGCCUCAAAUUUGCCCACGCAGAGCCAUUCGCGCUCUCAAGGUCCCAAUGUCAUCUUGUACCUCCGGCCAGGUCCCUUGUUCCAGGGACACGCGUAUCCCGUCCCGGAAGGGGAUGAACCUCAUGAUUUAAGUCUUGACAAUCUAAAAUGGGCCGCCAAUGGCACCAAUCAUGGCGGGCUAUCGCCACAGCAGAGUCUGGCCUCGAUGACAUCUGCCACUGUCGUGACAGUCAACUACCGACUCGGCGCGGUAUCACCGCCACCGAGAUCAAAUGAAGAAACCAUCCAGAAUUCCACUCACACAUCGCCUAAUGCUUCACCAUCAUCAUUAAGCCAACCCCAAUCCCAACCAUUAUUCUACAAAUAUCCAACCCCGAUCCACGACACCCUCGCCGCAUUCGACUGGAUAAAGACCAAUCUCAACCCCGCCCACCUCGGCGUCAUCGGUUCCCACAUCGGCGGCUCCCUAGCACUAAUGCUAGCCCUAACAGAAGCCCAGUCCGUGAAAGCCGUUGCAUCAAUAAUGCCCGUCACAGACUGGGUAGGACUAGAUGACUACUGCACAACGGAGCAGGCAAAUGCCAAUACCAGCGAAAAACCAACAUCAAAACGCGCCUCGAAGAAGAAAAAUAUUCGCGCUACCGCUCCACGCGAUAUAGUCCCGCUUCUUGCUGCGCGUGAGGCACUAUUUUCUUCUCCGGAGCGCUGCUUUGAUGCGUUUGCUUCGCCGAUUUUAUUUCUUCGCUCGGCGGGUCGUGAUGUGCCAAGCGCGUUUCCGGUGUAUUUGGCCAGACCGGAGUAUCCCGUUCCAGUGCUGAAGAAUACGCGACCCGCUGAUUUAGACGGGUCAUUCUCAAACCAAGAAAACGACUUGGAAGAUGAUGAAUUAAGCGAAACAGGCCACACAACCGUUCGACGCAGAAAAGCGCUAUCACGCUGGCCACCCUAUGGACUAGACUACGGUGCCGGAGGCCGAGGAUGGGGCGGUAACGGGGUGCGCAGGUUAGAAGUGACCCUCCCUUGGGUGAGGGUUUAUGUUGAAGGGAACGAGGGGGAAAGCAGUGAGACUGUUCUUGCAGAUCAGGGAGAGGAAAUGGUUUCUGUUAUGCGAAGGGCUUGUUUUUUUGGGAGAGAGAAGGGGUUUGGGGAGAGGAGGGUUAGUCUUGUGAGGGGUGUUGGGGAAGUGGGAUUGGGGGUUGGGGAGGAGGUGGGUGGUUGGUUUGAGAGGAUUUUUGAUGGGAGGAUAUCUGAUGAGUGA